AUCAAAUUCAAAAGUUCUUCCACUACAAAGUUAAUUCUCCCCAAUUCUAUCAACAUGUCGAGCCAAUUCAACGCCGGACAGAACCGUGCCCAUGCUCAGGCUGCAACUGAGCAGUUUGUGGACGCGGCCAAGGAUACAGCGAGCAGGGCCCACGAUCAGGCCCAUGAUGCCCUUGGACACUCCCAAGGCCAGGCCCAACGAAGCAAGGAGGACAAUGCUACAUUUCUUCAGCAGACUGCUGAGUCAGCAGCCAACAUGGCUCAGGGAGCACUUGAUGGUGUUAAGAACACCCUUGGCAUGGGAGAGCAGAGGAAGUGAAGUGAAGUGAAUAAGGCCUAAUAAUUUCUUGAUUUUCAAGAAUAAAAAAUGUAGUAAUUUUUUUUAAUUUUUUUUUUGUUUUAGUGAAUAUUUAUUUUGGUUUAGGUUUGCCUUGGGAAUUUGUUCAUGAAGAUCGUAAAUUCCCGAGAUGUGAAAUAAGUAUUUGUAUAUAAGGUUUUUGAACCCAUUCUUACUACGGUUGGGUUGUAAUAAAAUUAUUAUUUUGAUUUUAA